AUGGACCCGAUAGCAGUUUUAGUGAUUUUAAGGGGCCAGAUUCUAAACGUGAGAGAUUUGAGGGUUCGCUUUAUAUUUCAUAUCGCAAGAGCGCUACCACGGAAACCCCCACAUCAGCAGAAGAAGGCGGACACAAAGGGGGGAUGCUGUGUCUUCAGGUCUUCCCCCGCCUCCUCCGUCUCCCCCCAAGCCCUAACCGUAGCUCGCCUCCGCGACCCCGCCUCCUUCCUCCGCCGCUUUCCCGCCAUCUUCAACCCUCGAUCCUCUGGUCGCCCCUGCUCCCUCUCCGCCGCCGCCCUCCGCUUACGCGAGGAGGAGGUACGAACCCUAACCCUAGCUGAGCCCGGCCUCGUCGACCGCCUGCGCAAACUCCUCAUGCUCACCGCCGACCGGUCCCUGCCUCUACACACCAUCGAUCUCCUCCGGUAUGAUCUCGGGCUCGCUGUUGACUACCAGCAGACCCUCAUCCCUCGCUACCCCCAAUUCUUCUCCGUCCACCGCCCCCCUAACGACGAGAGGCUCUGGCUCCGCCUAUUAACGUGGGACCCGCUCCUCGCCGUCUCCGAGCUGCAGAGGCGGAGCGAGAACGGGGACAAAGAUUCGAACUUGGCGUUCCCGAUAAGUUUUCCUAGGGGUUUUGGACUGAAGAGGAAGUGCGCGGAGUGGCUGAGGGCAGUGGCAAGACGUGCCUACACGAGCCGCGUACCGCGGGCCCUCAGGCUCGACCGGAGACGGACCGAGGCUGAGAAGAGGGUGGUGGGGGUGUUUCAUGAGAUGCUGCAUUUAAUGGUUGGGAAGAAGACGGAGAGGAGGAACGUGAGUAAUAUGAGGAAGAUGCUUGGGUUGCCACAGAAGUUUACUAAGGUUUUCGAGAGGCAUCCCGGGAUAUUUUACAUAUCUCAGAAGCUGGGGACGCAUACUGUGGUGCUUCGAGAGGGGUAUGGGGGAGGGAGGGAGUUGAUCGAGAAGCAUCCCGUUGUUGGGGUUAGAGAGAAGUAUUUGGAGUUGAUGAGGUUUAGGAGGGAGGGUUUGGAGAAUGAGGAAGAUGGUGAUGAGUCUGAGGAUGACCUUGGGGGGUAUAGUUCCUCGGAUGAGGAGUGAUCUAAUGCUUGUUGUUGGAAUUCCUGUGGGAAACAGGGUUAAUGUUGAGUGGGGAGAGGAAGAAAAGCUGGGAUUGCAGGUGUGAUGGAUAUUAGAGAUGCCAUCAGAUAUGAAUCUUUUUCUUUCUCAGUACCUUUUGGUGGAUAUAGUCUUUUCUGAUUAAAACUAAAAGGUACACACAGUCCCACACAUAUUGACACCGUUUCGCUGAAAGUAGCUUUCUUGGGUGAAGCUGUGUGUGCCGAUGAGGGGUGGUGGCUUUUUCACUUAUGCCGCUUGAAUUUGUAGCAUCCGUAUAUUGUGAUAACGAAUGAGCUUUUUGUUCAUGUAACAUUCUGGUCCUUUCUUGAUGUAUCUCAAGCUCAUGUGCCAUUAAAAAUGUGCAGAUGGAAGGCUCGCUAAUUUAUGUUCCACACUUUUUUAUCGGAAAUAUGUAAUAGUACUCACUAGCUUAAGUACAGGGAAAGAUGUCGAAACAUUUGUAACUAAUUUCACUUCCGCGAUAAAAUUGGAGUUUGGGUAGAGUGUCGAUUGCUUCCCUGUAUUUGAAUCAUUUUCUCAUUAUUUACAUGAGGAUUUCUUCGAUUC